CUUAAAGUCAAGUACAUGACUGUUACACAACUCCUCUGUUUUAAAAACUUUAAGAUUUUUACAUUUCUUAGCUUUUCUGACAUAUUUCUUUGUUCUUUGCAGAAAAGGUACAGUUUGGCUGUUGGUCCUCCCAAAAAGGUUCCAAAAGUCAAGGGUGUAGAGUCUGCAGCAGUGCAAGCAUUUCUCAGACGGCAAGAAGAAGAAAAAAGGAAAAAAGCACUGGAAGAAAGAAGAAAGAAAGAACAACUCUUGGCUAGACGUAUUGAACUGAAACAUGACAGAAAGGCAAGAGCUAUGGCCUCACGAACAAAGGAUAAUUUUUAUGGCUAUAAUGGCAUUCCUGUGGAAGAGAAGCCUAAAAAGAGGAGGACUUGUGAGAAUGUUGCUCAGGCCCCAGAGGCUGAGUAUGCAACAGAAGAUGAAACUGAGCAACUCGAAUACAGUCAGACUGAAUCUGAGCAUGAGCAAGAAGAAUAUGAAGAGAAACCAUCCAAAGUUGCAGUGAAACCAAAGGCGCCUCCCAAAAGUGCACCAGCACCUCUGAACUUUGCAGAACUCUUAAGGCUUGCUGAAAAAAAACAGUAUGAACCAGUGGAAAUAAAAGCAGUGAAAAAGGUAGAAGAGAGACCCAGAACAGCAGAAGAAUUGAGAGAGAGGGAGUAUUUGGGACGCAAAAACAAAAGAAUAGAAAGUCAUAAGAAAAGUGAGAAAGAAAUUAAGAAUACAGGGAUAUCCAGUUCUUCAAAAAAAGUGACUUCUCAGAAAGAAUCUGUAAAUGCAAAACUUAACAAAAGCUCAGUAGAUAAACAUUCCACACCAAAAGGCAGUCUGUCAUCUUCUAUGAGUGGUACUGAUAAGAAAUCCAAAGCACCAGCAUUGACUGAAAAACACUCACGUUCAUCAUCUUCCUCCAGAUUUGAUCAAAUGGAAAAAAACUCACAAAAUGGCUCCCUAAAAAGCUCUGCUGGUAGCAGUCAUAGUAAAUUACCUGUCAAUGGUAUUGGAAAGUCUGGCUCAAGGUCUCAUGCGCUACCCUCAAAACCAGCAGCCAAUGGGGCUCAAAGGCUACCAUCCACUAAAGAAUCCAGCCUGAAAAAGUCUGCCCAUACAAAAUCAGGAAAUGCUGCAGCCCUUCAGCAUGGAGUAAACUCCAAUGCAAAACGAUCAGGUAGCAGCUUAGGAAAAGGAGGACCUGGACAUCCAGGCGGCAGUUCAAGUGCAGGACCCGGGCGAUCGAGCAGCAAUUCUGGCAUGGGACCUGGAAGGCCAGGAAGUGGUUUAAACUCAGGACCUGGGCGACUGGGCAGCAGCUCAGCCACAGGACCUGGAAGGCCAGGCAGCAGCUCAAGCCUGGGACCUGGGCGGCUGGGUGGUGGCUCAGGCAUGGGACCUGGAAGGCCAGCUGGCAGCUCAAGCACAGGACUUGGGAAACCGGGAAGCAGCUUGGGCACUGGACCAGGAAGGCCAGGAGUCAGCACAAAUGCAGGACCUGGGCGACCAGGCAGCAGCACGGGUACAGGACCAGGAAGGCCAGGAGUCAGCUCAAGCACUGGACCUGGGCGACCAGGCAGCAGCUUGGGAACCGGACCAGGAAGGCUAGGAGUCAGCCCAAGUGCUGGACCUGGGCGACCAGGCAGCAGCUUGGGAACCGGACCAGGAAGGCCAGGAAUCAGUCCAAGCACAGGAGCCAAGCGACCAGGCAGCAGCUUGGGAACAGGACCAGGAAGACCAGGCAUCAACCCAAGUGCAGGACCUGGGCGACCAGGCAGUGGCUUGGGUACAGCUGUAAAACCGAAGUGUACUGUUGUAUCAGAAACUAUUUCUUCUAAAAACCUAGUCACGAGACCUAGCAAUGGACAGUUAAAUGGAAUGAGAUCUCUUCAAGGGCAUAGACCUGUGCUUCAUCCACAAGGUCUUGGAAGACCACCUAUUGGUUAUAAGAGACAAAUAGAUGAUGAUGAUGAUGAAUAUGACUCUGAAAUGGAUGACUUCAUUGAAGAUGAAGGGGAACCCCAAGAAGAAAUAUCAAAACAUAUUCGGGAAAUAUUUGGCUAUGACCGGAAAAGAUACAAAGAUGAAAGUGAUUAUGCCUUACGUUACAUGGAGAGCAGCUGGAGAGAGCAACAGAAAGAAGAAGCUAGGAGCUUGAGACUCGGUGUUCAGGAGGACUUAGAAGAAUUGAGACGGGAAGAAGAAGAAUUAAAACGCAAGAGACAGUCUAAGAAGCUGAGGACACGUUAACUGACCUAUGGUGUUGACUUUUCAUGUUUCUGCUACCCUCUGCCUCCAUACAUCUUUUAUUCUACUUCAGUUUCCAUUUGCUUGUUAGAGGGCAAAAGAAUAUUUAAAGCGAUUAAAGUACUGAAAAGCAAGGCUUUAGUUUGACCUAAAUAAGAUAUUUAUUUUUAAUACUUGCCAGGGUUGGUUUUUUAUGAAGAAAUUAAUGCACUAAUGCAUAUUAUUAAGUGGAAUAAAAUUAAUAGAUGUUUCCAUUGAUUAAACCAGUUCAAGAUGCCAGCAGAAAUAAUGACUAGCUAUGCACUGACUUGGAACUGUGUAGGCCCAUAUACCAGUAAACCAAUUUUGCAUUCAUUUGAAAGAAAGGAAUAGCAUUCUUGUUCCCUGAUAUUUCUUGAGACUUGGAGAAAUUGCUUUAUAUCCUAUUCUGUCUCCCAACUUGAGCCUCAAAGUAUUGAAGUGUUGUCUUCUGUACAGAAGCAGCUUGGGUGUAAAUUCAGCUGUUGCCACAGAUGUUCAAAGCAAUAAAGUGCUGCAUAUUUUCUGAUCUGAGGACCCAUAAAAGAAUUUGAACCUCUUUAUUUCUAAACAGAAGAGUGCAUGUCAUUUGCAAAUUGUACAGUUAUAAGUAUGGCCAAAAGAUUAUGUUGGCUUUUGCUGUGUCUGGAAUUCCAAUGCCAAUCUAAUUCAGUAUGAUAAAUACACACUCUGAAAACAGGAAUUUCUGGUGUUUGUAUGUAACUUGUGCUUUUGGGCUCAAGCAUAUGCUUGGGAAUUCUUUUCCUGCCCUGUAAAUCUUCACAUUUGUUUAACAGCUUCUGCUGCUUUUACAAAUUGUGUACAGUGCACAUGUUUUUUCUUGCAUUAAACAUCCGAUGUGUUAAAUGAUUUAAAAUGUGAAGCAGUCAUUUAUCUAAUUAGGCUUGCUAUUUAGAAAGCACAUCAGAAUUAAUUUUUGUUAGAAUGUAUUUGCAGCUCUUCAGCAUUUAACAACUUCAUGUUAGCUCAUUAAUAAUUGCAAUUAAUUUCAUCAAACCAAAAAUCUAAAAUGCAUAGUAGGAGAGUUAGUUCAGUUACUUACCUUAAUGCCCAUAUUUGCACAUUAUUUCUAACUAUGCACUUAAAGACUGUUUCUUUCAGUAACUGAAAUUGUUUACAAUCAGCACAGGGUUCAUGUAAUUCUACAGGAGUUGUACUGAGAGUUUGAAGCUCAAAUCUGGUGUUGCAUCUACUUUGAUUUCCCCAGGUUGCCCUUCAAAACUCACCAGUUACCACUACUCAACUUGGCCUCAAGCUCCAGGACUCCAUUGAUAGUACCUCUGGCUUCAGCUGCUGAGGCUGUUACGUUUUAAUGCUAGAAGUACUUUGAAAAGUAAAAAAAGGUGUUUGGGGUGCGGGGAGGAAAGUAAAAGAAUAAAAAGGAAAAACUACAGUGUAGAAAAACGACAAAGGAACCUUUCCUAUCAGGGAGCUAUUCUUAACAGUGCUGCUUCUAGGAAGCAGUUCAGAUAGCAACCUGUAAGGAACAAUCUUGGAAGCUGCUGAAGUUUAAACAUCUGACUCUUAAUGUAAGAAAAAGCAGACUUGCCUUUUUAAGAUGUUUUCUGUCAAUGGUGUAGCAUUUCACUGCCUCAGUAAAACACUGACAUGAGUAAGCUAUUGGAAUGGAUUCUAUAAACUAAUUCAGUAUUAGCUGACAGGAGCCCAGAUGAAGAUACCAUUGUUGCUCCUCUGUAUUUUUAACUUUCUUUACUAACUAACAAAAGCUGUUUCUCAGUGUAUGCACUUGAGAUCACGCAAGAUAGCUAAACCUCACUGUUUGUCUAGAAGUGUUGUACUUGCUCUACUUCAUUGGGACAAUCUAAGAUUUUCUGUUGUAGUUGCUAGAAUUAUCCAUUCAAGACAAUGAACCCUGGGACCAUGAUCAAGUUACUGUUUUUAUUUUUUUAAUUCUUUUUAGCUGGAGAAAGCUCUGGGUCUGUCAACCCAGACAGUUAUAGAUCAGCUGUGAGCAAUUUCCUGCCUGGUUGGAAAAAAAGUUGGGAAAAACAGUCUCUUAUGAAGCAAAUGAAAUAUAUUAAUUCAAAAUUGGUUCAGCUGGGAAUUAAAUCUGCAUUUCAGAUAAAUAUAAGCUAAAUAAAACCUGAUUAUUUCACCACUUUCUUGAUUAUUUAACCAUGCAAGAUCAGUUAAAUGUCUUAAUCUGUAAAGCACUUUGUCAUUUGUCUUUUAGAUGGUGACUGGAAUGUACUCUGCUAGCCUCCCUAAGGCACUGUGUAACUGUUUAUUCGUUGCUUAAAUUUCAUCUCUCAUGAAAAAUUACUCAAGGACACAUUUGUAAUUUUACAGUAGAGAAGUACUUUCUCAUAAUUGGCAUGGGAUGCUAAUGGUUUUCAAAUUUUGUACAAAUGUUUGGGGUUUAAUGUGUUUGCAUUUGCAUAUUUGUAAAUUGGCUAGGAAGGAACUAAAUUUGGGGGUUUUAGUUCCUGACCUUGUAUCCAAAAAUGUGUUUACUGCUUGUCAGAUUAGUAGUAUUAAUCUAAGGAGAGUGCUUCAGUACUCAUCCAAAGUGCAUCUGAAUUUGAGGUCAAGAAAAACUGGAAGAAUGCUUAUAUUGGUUUACAAGGAUCUGAUGUUAAGCUAAAGAUUUAAUUGUAUUUAAUGGAAUUCUGGUUUGGUUUUUAGAUUUUUAAUUCACUGUCUGACAAUGUGCCUUUUUUACUAAAUUGUGUCAAAAAAAAAAAAUGAAUGUAGGAGUAUAAAAAGGUUGGUUGGUUUCUGCUAUCUCAGAUUCUAUAUCCUUAAACUUGAUAGUGUGAAAUAACACACUUCUCAUAAAACCCUUCCAGGUCUGGCUUUGAUUGCACACUUACAGUAGCUACUUCUUUACUGCUAAUGCUAAAUCAAAUGAAGGGCACUUUCUAUUGAUGACUACUUUUUGAAAAUGUCUUGUAUUUACACUUGAGCUGUAUUUCACUUUACAGCGAUGUCUUUUGGAGGCCAGGGUUUUGCAUAUCACAGGAAGCCUUAGUGUGCAACUCUGUGCUGUGCUUUAAAAUAAAAAUCUUUCCAAGAAGUAUAUGAGAUCUCUAUGGAAAUCUGGAUUUAUUUUUGUGUAAAGCCCAAAAUAUUGUCCAGGAAAACUAAUUUUCUAUUUUUUUUUGCAUUUUGUAACAUAAUCUAGUAGCUGAUGCAUAUUUCUAGAUAUAGCAUAUUUCUGGAGACCAAAACAUGUCAGAAAGAAAAUAAAUAUAUGGAAAGACUGGUGUUUAAAUUGUGAUGAAUGUACUUCUAUUUAUUUUGGUGAGUGGGUGUGAUGCAAUAUUAAAAUGUUAGUGUGUAAGUAAAGGUACUUCUAGGUCUAGCCAAUGAUUUUUUUCUUUGGGGAUAUCAUUUGUGCACAAUGUCUUUUUACACAAUGUGACAAAUCAGGUUAAAAUCUCGUACAUAGCUUAACUGUUUUCUGGUGCUGUCAAGAAAGUGUAUACUUUUGCACACACCAAAUGCAUAUAAGUUUUGCAGAGUAUGUAUACAAUAAAUUGCAGGCAUUAAACACUUUA